ACCAAAGGUAAAUUCAAUGGAGAAGACAGCCAUAUGUGACAGACUGUAGACAUUCUUCACGACCUCCAACAGAGAUUAAGCACCGAUACCACUCUCUGAUUCACCGCAACGAUCUUAUUGAAGGAAAAUCUUACAUAACCUCAUUUACUCACAGGUGAUCUCACAGCAUCAGUAGCAGCAAGAAAGAAAAUUUAGAUCGAUAUAUUAAUCAUGCAGCAGUUAGCAUCUUCAGAUACCAAUGCUGAAAAGCCGCAUUGUUCCCGUGAAAGCACAGGCGCUGUUCAGAUGAGGAUCAAAAGUGCUAACAACCUCAAUGACAGACACAGCCAAAGCAAAUCUAUGAUUCUGUCUGAUAAUCUGAAAGUCACUGAACCUAUAUCCCGUCAUAGAAGGAAUCAUUCCCAACAUAAUUUAACAGUCACUGAGAUCAUUAGCCCACUGGAGCAAACGGUAAUCAAAGAAGGAUAUCUUCAAAAGGCUAAAAUUGCAGAUGGAGGCAAGAAACUAAGGAAAAACUGGACUGUUUCUUGGAUUGUUCUUACUGGUCGGAAAAUAGAAUUUUACAAAGAUUCCAAACAGCCAGCUGUGGCCAAUCUGAAAACAGGGUAUAAGCCUGAAUGGGUGGACUUGCAUGGAGCUCACAUUGAAUGGACCACAGAGAAGUCCAGCAGAAAGAAUGUUUUUCAGAUCACAACGACGUCAGGAAACGAGUUCCUCCUUCAGUUAGAUCAAGACUUCAUCAUACUGGACUGGUUCUAUGCUAUCAAAAAUGCAAUUGAAAACAUGUCCAAAGAUAAGAGUGGCACAUCGAAGAGCAAAGAGUUCAAAAUUCAAAGAUCUUCUAGUUCUGAAUUGCUGAGCAGCUUGGAGAGAGAAUCAAAAGAGUCAAAGCCAGAAAACAGAAGAUCUUUAAUUUUCAGACUGAACUACAGCAUUUCUGACAUAACUGAUAGAAAUCGAGUUAAAAGCAGAUUAAAGAAGUUUAUCACUCGAAGACCUUCACUGAAAUCUUUGCAAGAAAAGGGCCUCAUAAAAGAUCAAGUUUUUGGUUCCUCAUUACAAAAUGUGUGUGAACACGAUGGCUCUACCGUUCCACAGUUUGUGAAAUCGUGCAUAAAAACUGUUGAAAAACGAGGUCUGGAUGUUGAUGGAAUAUACAGAGUCAGCGGCAAUCUGGCAACGAUACAGAAGUUACGAUUUGUUGUCAAUCAGGAAGAGAAGCUGAAUUUGGACGACAGCCAGUGGGAGGACAUCCACGUUGUCACCGGAGCACUCAAGAUGUUUUUCAGAGAGCUGCCUGAGCCACUGUUCCCAUACUGCUUCUUUGAACAGUUUGUGAAGGCGAUAAAAAUCCAGGACAGUAACAAUAGAGUGAAAUCCAUAAAGAGCCUUGUACAGACGCUCCCGAGACCAAAUUAUGACACCAUGAAAAUACUAUUUGAACACCUGAAACAGGUAGCAGCCAAAGAAAGCAUGAAUCUUAUGUCUCCUCAAAGUUUAGGAAUCGUUUUUGGACCAACACUCCUUCGACCUGAAAAGGAAACUGGGGCCAUGGGAGUCCACAUGGUGUACCAAAACCAGAUUGUAGAGCUAAUGCUAUGUGAAUACACCAAGAUCUUCAGCUCUGAAGAAGACUGACAGACAGGGAAUGUUACUGAAUAUGUUCACAUCUGUCUUGAUAUCUAAUAUUUUUACAUUUCUGUAAACAUCUUUUUGAAAUAUUUCUUUUUCCUUCUAGUGACAGAUGCCUCAUUUUGUGAAAACUUAAUGAUGAUUUUGUCUUUAAUUUCCAAACAUUGGAGUAAAAAUAUAUUGUCAACAUUUGCUUAUAUGUGCUCAGUAUUAUUUUAACCCUUUGCUUGCGUCAGUCUGCCAACACACUCCAGGUCUACGCUAUUUUUCAUGCUUUUAUUUUCCAGCUGGGAUUUGAGAAUAUGGCCAAAUCCAGAUGAAAUAUUGCUUAGAGGCAUAUGCAACGGCACUCCCAGAAAAGCAGGGUUGGAGGUUAAUGGAUUUAAAUUGGGAUUUGAAAUGAUUAAAUUGGUACUGAUAUAUUCUAUCAGUUACAAUGAUUUUUUUUAGUGUGCAUACCCAUUCUUACACUGAAAAUGAUUAAAUUGAAAUGACUAAAUUGAUACUGAUAUAUGAUUUUUUUUUUAGUAUACACACCCAUACUUACACUGAAAAUCCUGAAAACAAGUUAAAUGGUGGUUGCUCCUCUAUGGAAAGUCAAAGGAUUAAAAAAAACAAUCACUUGUCCAUCAUCACUGCCUGAAAUAAUGCAAAACUUGAAGCUUAAGUUCUCAAUUAGCUCCUGAGAUUCCUCGUCUUAAAUAUUACCACCAUCCAUUUUGUAUCUCUGUCACUUUAUAUGACUUUGCUCUUUCCCCAGCUAUGUCAUGUUUUGUCAAAUUUUUUAUUAUGCUCCCAAAGAUGCUUUAUUGGUGAACUGCAUUAAAUUCAUCUAGAAAGAACUUUUUAAAAAGCCUUCUCAUAUGCCCUUAGGAUUACUUGGCGAGACUUGAAUCAAUUUAUACAUUUGAUGGUUAGUUUCAGUUGUCAUGGAUAAACAAAGGGGUAACUGUCUAGAAUAUAUCAAAUAUUGUUUUAUACUGAAAUGUAUGUUUCCAGCUAUACACAUCCCCUACUCUGUUUUGUAAAAGUAUUCCACUGAUAAAAUGUAGACUUAUGUUUGACAGCUUUUUAAUCAAGUUCAAAGAGAAUAAAUAAAACUAA